AUGUCUUUCACCGACUUUUCUAAAAUUGAGACCCUGAAGGAACUAAACACCUUCUUGGCUGACAAGUCUUACGUCGAGGGCACCUCCGCCACUCAAGCCGACGUUGCUGCUUACAAGGCUUUCCAGGAAUCUUACCCAGACUUUUCCAGAUGGUUCAACCACAUUGCCUCUAAGUCUGGCUUGUUCGCCUCUCUUCCAGCCGCUUCUGGCAAGGCUCCAGCCGCUGCCGCUGCUGAGGAGGAAGACGACGACGAUGUCGACUUGUUCGGCUCUGACGACGAAGUGGACGAGGAGGCCGAAAAGUUGAAGGCCAAGAGACUCGCUGAAUACAACGCCAAGAAGGCCGCCAAGCCAAAGCCAGCUGCUAAAUCCAUUGUCACCUUGGACGUCAAGCCAUGGGAUGACGAAACCGACUUGGAACAGAUGGUUGCCAACGUCAAGUCUAUCGAGAUGGACGGUCUAACCUGGGGUGCUCACCAAUGGAUUCCUAUUGGUUUCGGUAUCAAGAAGUUGCAGAUCAACUUGGUCGUCGAAGACGCCAAGGUUUCUCUGGAAGACCUGCAAGUGGCCAUUGAGGAGGACGAAGACCACGUUCAAUCUACCGAUGUUGCUGCUAUGCAAAAGUUGUAA